GUGACGCAGAGGCGUAUGGGCUCCGCCCCCGGCUCGAGGGGUUUUGUUAAGGGUCACGUUGCGCUGCAGCAGUGAAACAGGAGACUCCAUCGCAUCCUCAGCACCCAGCUCACCUGUAUUCUCCGCGUCCAGAUACCCUUCAGCAGCCACCAUGACUCACCAAUAUCCUGCACUGACUUCUGAGCAGAAGAAGGAGCUGCAGGACAUUGCUCAGAGGAUAGUAGCUCCAGGAAAGGGCAUCCUCGCUGCCGAUGAGUCCACCGGCAGCAUGGGGAAACGUUUGAACCCCAUCGGAGUUGAGAACACAGAGGAGAACAGGCGUCGCUACCGCCAACUGCUCUUCACAGCCGACCAGCGCAUCGACAGCUGUAUCGGAGGAGUCAUCUUCUUCCAUGAAACCCUCUACCAGAGCACAGACGAUGGCACUCCCUUCGCCAAGCUCAUCAAAGACCGCGGCAUUGUUGUUGGCAUCAAGGUGGACAAAGGUGUUGUGCCCCUCGCUGGAACAAAUGGAGAGACCACCACUCAGGGUCUGGACGGGCUGUCUGAGCGCUGUGCGCAGUACAAGAAGGACGGUGCAGACUUCGCCAAGUGGCGCAGUGUGCUGAAGAUCAGCGACACCACGCCGUCUGAGCUGGCCAUCUAUGAGAAUGCUAAUGUUCUGGCACGAUAUGCUAGCAUCUGCCAGCAGAAUGGUAUUGUUCCUAUUGUGGAGCCCGAGAUCCUUCCUGAUGGAGACCAUGACCUGAAGCGUACCCAGUACGUCACUGAGAAGGUCCUCGCUGCAGUCUACAAGGCUCUGUCAGACCACCAUGUGUACCUGGAAGGGACACUGCUGAAACCCAACAUGGUCACAGCUGGACACUCCUGCCCUACCAAGUACAGCAGCGAGGAAAUCGCCAUGGCUACCGUCACCGCCCUGCGCCGCACUGUGCCUCCUGCUGUCACAGGAGUGACAUUCUUGUCAGGUGGCCAGUCUGAAGAAGAGGCCAGCAUGAACCUUAAUGCCAUUAACAACUGUCCGCUCCCCAAGCCCUGGGCCCUGACUUUCUCCUACGGCCGCGCCCUGCAGGCCUCUGCCUUGAGCGCAUGGAGAGGAGAGCUGAGCAACGAGAAGGCCGCCACCGAGGAGUUCAUCAAACGUGCUGAGGCAAACGGUCUGGCUGCGCUUGGCAAGUACGAGUCUUCUGGAACUGUUGGCGCCGCUGGAAAAUCCCUCUACGUGGCUAAUCACGCCUACUAAACAUCAAAGUACCACAUCCAACUGUGGUCUAAAUGUAGUCUUAUAUCUGCUCUGCUAUUCCCCCUCACUCCUCCAUCACUCACAGGCCUGCACUGUCUACUGUACUUUAGUGUUGUCGGUUAUUAAAAUUACAUUAUUAGAUAUAUAUGGAAAAGUACAAUACUAAAAGGAACAGGCUUGUUUAAUUGUUUUGAGACCAUUUAUGACUGAAAGGGAGAACCAUUUUAGUCAUGUCUAGCUGUCUAUAACGGUUAUUGGGCUCAGAUAAAAAUUUUACAGUAGACCAAGAUAAUCAGUCAAUAUUCAAUUCCCAAGCAGGUCAGAUCAGCGUGUUUCGCUUCUGUCAGAACGCAGUGUCGGGCUCAUCCUUAAAAUACUGUAUUAACAUCCGCCCCCUGACAGAGGGCACAAACGUUAACUUGAUCUUGUGAGCGCCUGUCCAAAUGUGUGGAGUGCUCGUUGUGCUUAUAGACAGCUGUAGCUCCAGCAGAGGUCAGCAGACACUCCGUAAUACACCACCACUAUACACCAGGAUUCAUCCUAAUCUUUCUGUUCACGUACUUCGAAUCACCACUAAUCAGAGAAAACAUCUUGUGUGUCUAACCUCAGUAAAACAUUAGCUUUAAAUUGCAUACAGUAAUUAAUGUAUUAAGUUGUGUGAAGGUGUCAAUAUUAUGUGAUGUUUGUGUCCCCCCCCUCCUGAUUGCCCCAGCCCGACCCCACGGGAAGAGGAGAUGGUUUCUACUGACAACUAUAAUGUGGACCAAUACGUGGGUUAGCAGCGGGGGAGUCAGUCACUGCUGUGUUUUAGAGUCCUGUGGUGUUUGUGAUGUUAAUAUUGUUCUUGAAGCACUUGGUGUGUCAAAUAGUGGAGAAAAAUAAACAAAUUACCAAAAAAGAACCUA